CGCUACACCCGAAGGAAGAAACCUCAGGUUCGGUGUCAGGGAGCACGGCAUGGGAGCUAUCUGCAACGGUGUCGCACUCCACAGCCCUGGCUUCAUCCCUUACUGCGCGACGUUCUUUGUCUUCACCGACUACAUGAGAGCCGCGAUGAGAAUCGCGGCUCUCUCUGAAGCCGGUGUUAUCUACGUUAUGACGCAUGACUCCAUCGGUCUAGGAGAAGAUGGACCGACUCACCAGCCUGUGGAACACUUGUCGAGCUUCCGCGCCAUGCCUAAUAUCAUGAUGUUCCGUCCUGCUGACGGGAACGAAACAGCCGGCGCGUACAAAAUCGCUGUCGCUAGACGGAACACGCCUUCUGUUUUGGCCUUGUCUAGACAAAAGCUGCCUCAGCUUCCGGGAACGUCUAUUGAGAACGUUGAGAGAGGUGGAUACAUUCUUUCUGAUAACUCUAAUGGGAACAGACCCGAUGUGAUCUUGGUCGGAACUGGCUCGGAGCUGGAGAUUGCUGCUAAAGCUGGAGAGGAGUUGAGGAAAGAAGGGAAGAGUGUGAGAGUCGUUUCGUUUGUGGGUUGGGAACUGUUUGAUGAGCAACCGGAUGCGUACAAGGAAAGUGUGUUGCCAUCUGAUGUAUCAGCUAGAGUUAGUAUUGAAGCUGGAUCGACGUUUGGAUGGGGGAAGGUUGUUGGUGGGAAAGGGAAAUCGAUUGGAAUUGACUCGUUUGGGGCAAGUGCACCAGCGGGGAAGCUUUAUAAAGAGUUUGGGAUCACCAUUGAAGCUGUGGUUGCAGCAGCUAAGUCACUUAUCUAAAGAAGUAUAAGGGUUUGGUUUUGAAGUAAGAGAGGUUCUUCCAUAAGCAUUGUCUUCUUUGUCCAAGUAGAAAAAUGUAAGAGAGAAAAUAAAAAAUUGGUUUCUUGCAUGUGACGUUUGUAACUGAAACCAUGAACACAAUACUUAUAGCCAAUGAUCAAGGCGCUUUAUAUUGGAUUA